GUGAGUUAGCUGAAGCCGGUGAUGUUAGCUGAAGCCGGUGAUGUUAGCUGAAGCCGGUGAUGUUAGCUGAAGCCGGUGAGGUUAGCCUUCCGUUGUCAACACCGUUAGCUCAGAAGAUCUCGCUAACUGUCGAGAAGAAACUCACUUCAAUACUGUAAAUACAAACACCUGGCUGUGUUUGAAUCAGUCACCAUGAACAGGACCAAACUGAAGAAAGUCAAGGCUCCAGGAGGGCAGAAAAACAUCUCCUCCUUCUUUUCCUCCCAAAACCACCAGAAGGAAUUGUCAUCCUGCACUGCACUCGCCAGGACUGAAGCUCAGAUCAAAUACGGUGAAACCUCCACAUUCAGACCCCAGUCCCCCUUAAAGAGGAGUAUCCUUGGGGACCUGGAAAACCUGCCUUCCUCACCAGAUCUUCUCCUCACUGUGCCUGAGACCCCCACCAGUCAGAUCAGGCUGGCUUCCUCUUCUUCCUCCAAAGAUUCAGGUCAACUGAGCCCCCCGUCCAGCAGAGAGGUUGCGAGCCGGGAGAAACUCGGCCAAUUGUCCCCCAUCUGUCGUAGUCCCCGCUCCAAAGGGCAAAGAGCACGGAGAGUUGUGAGCGAGGAGGGAGGAAAAACCAAGUGGAAAGAGAGAUUCCCUGGCUCCGUAAAAAGACUCAUCAGCCCUCCUCCAGAGUCUCACAAUGCCAAAAGACCAAGAAAUGCCAAUCCACCGGCACAAAGAACUGCCCUCAGUUUUACCGUGAUAACAGAGCAGAAAGCCAAUGGAAACCCACACAUACAUCUGGAUACGGAUACUCGCACUCUUUCGGCUCACAUGCACAAACCUAGUGCGCAAACUAUCCCGCCUGCAACGCAGAGAAGUGCAAAGGGGGGAGAUAUUGAUCUUAAUAAGGCAGGAGGUACAAGAGCAGCAAUGACAUCAUCAAACGGAGACGGAGAGAAUGUGACAUCGGAUGAACAGCGAUCUGGAGAAAAUACAGGAAUGACGUCAGGGUGUCCAGUGGAAGAGAAGUUGGGCGAGAGCUGGUUUGAUGAGCAGAUGGAUCAUAAUGAAGGUCUUGUCACAGAGGCUAAAUCCCAAAAACCCCGUAAGGUGCCGGACCAUGUGAUCCUUUCUGGAGGCCGAAACAACCGCUACUGGGUUUUAGAUGUGGAGGAGAAGCCUGGCCACAAAACGCUGACCAUGACAUGCUCCAAAUCUCAACAUCCAACUGAGACGUGUCUGCUGAAAGAUGGAUGGGAGAUGACGCCUGUUUGUUGUGGUGAUGUGGUGCAUCUAGAGGGUCGCUCUGAUGGUGGAUCCUGGGUCGUGGACAGGGAGCAGGGCUUCCUGGUUUUACUACCUGAUAGCCUUAUCUCAGGUACAAGCAUCUCCAACUCCAUCCGCUGCAUGAGGCGUGCAGUACUGGGAGAUAUGUUCAAGACUUUUGAUGGUGGCUCCAAACAAAUGCUGAAUGGCACCAUAGUCCAUGAAGUCUUCCAGAGAGCAGCUACAGCUAAAGACUUCUCUUUGAAGAAACUGUCUAUGCUGGCUGACCAAGCCCUGUGCAGUCCUCAGUACCUGGGAGACAUGUACAGUUUGGGUGUAAGCCAGGAAGAGAUGAAGCAGGAACUGCAUGAUUAUCUGCCCUCACUGGAACAUUGGGCAAAGCAAUACCUCAGCUCCACACCAAAAACCAUCAGCCUCAAAAUCCCCGGCAACAGCAGAGCUCCAGGCAGAUGUCAGGACUCGGCAACUGUUGUCACGGUAGCAGAGCUGGCAGAUAUAGAAGAGAAUGUGUGGUCACCGAGAUUUGGUCUGAAAGGGAAAAUCGAUGUGACUGCACGGGUUCAAAUCCAAAAACCACGAAGCGGUGGUCACAGAAGCCCGGAGGAGAGAACCAUCCCCCUGGAGCUGAAAACUGGAAAGGAGUCGAACUCAAUAGAGCAUCGCAGUCAGGUGAUUCUUUACACUCUGAUGAGCUCGGAGAGAUACAAUUCUGAAGCUGGCUUCCUGCUUUACCUCAAGACUGGCAACCUGCACCCUAUAGUGGCCAGCCACAUGGACCGCAGAGAGCUGAUGAAGCUGAGGAACACCUUGGUUCAUCACAUCCACCACAUUGUGGAGAAAGAGGCGAAGCGGAGCCGUUUGUCUCAACUUCCUGACAUCCUGACAAACAGACAAACCUGUCAGUAUUGUCCUCAGAAGAGAAACUGUGCUUUGUAUGAGAGGGUGAUCGAUAACAGCUCUGCAGACGUCUGCGAGGAUGUUGUGCGUGAGUUCCUACAGCAGGAGACAGGUCACCUGAUCCCACCACAUCUAAGCUAUUUUUCCCAUUGGCUGCUGCUCUGCAGCCUCGAGGCUGCCAGCAUGGAGGCCAAGAACGGCAGAAAGCGUGUGUGGCUUCAGACGUCUGAUGAGAGUGAGAAGAAUGGGAGCUGUGUGGGGAAUGUGCAGCUCAGUGGCCCGGUGACCGUGCAGUCUGAAGGGGUUUUCCUCCAUCGUUUCCAGCGAAGCAGUGUGGUGCCAGAGAAGUGUUUGGUCACCAGCGGUUUAGCCAGCGGGGAUCGCAUCGUUGUUAGCGACCAGGAAGGUCGUCUGGUUGGUUUGGCAACAGGAUACCUGUGUGAGGUCAGCAGGACAUCGAUCAGCUGCACUCUGGACAGAGACCUGUCUAAAUUCAGUGGUGUGUUGUUUCGAUUGGACAGUGAUGAAGGUGUGGUGGGCCUCAGCACUCACCUCACCAAUCUCUCCAAACUCAUGGAAAACGGUCAGGACAGUGAUCGUCUGAGGGAGCUGGUUGUUGACCUUCGUCCUCCAGAGUUUAUUUCCAGUCUCAGUUCUGUUCUGCCAAGAGAGGCCAAGGACACCGUGGCCAACAUCCUCAAAGGUCUCAACCAACCCCAGAAGCAAGCCAUGAAGAAAGUGUUGUUAUCUAAAGACUACACACUGAUUGUUGGCAUGCCUGGAACGGGCAAAACCACAACCAUCUGCACCCUGGUUCGCAUCCUUCACGCUUGUGGGUUCAGUGUGUUGCUGACCAGCUACACACACUCUGCUGUUGACAACAUCCUGCUGAAGUUAAAGCGUUUCCGGGUCGGGUUUCUGCGUCUUGGGCAGGGGCAGAAGGUUCAUCCAGACAUCCUGCCUUACACGGAGGAAAGAGCGAGGAAGAAGGGAAUUCACACUCUGUCAGAGUUGGAGCAGCUUUAUAACAAGGAGCUGGUAGUGGCAACCACCUGUAUGGGCAUCAAGCAUCCCAUUUUCACACGUCGCCGGUUUGAUUUCUGCAUCAUAGACGAAGCUUCACAGAUCAGCCAGCCGAUCUGUCUGGGACCCCUGUUCUACGCCAAGAGAUUUGUCCUGGUUGGAGAUCACCAACAGCUGCCACCAAUAGUACAAAAUCACGAGGCGAGGUCACUUGGGAUGGACGAAAGUCUGUUUAAACGACUAGAGCUCCAUAGUGAAGCAGUGGUCCAACUCAAUGUACAGUACCGGAUGAAUAGGCAGAUAAUGUCUCUCAGUAACUCCCUGAUGUAUGAGGGUCGGCUGGAGUGUGGAUCAGAGAGGACAGCCACGUCCCUGCUCACUCUACCCUUCCUGCUGUCCGUCCAGUCGGAGCUGAGUGCCUAUUCCGAGACUAAUCCGCAGCACGACCUGGCUUGGAUAGAGGCCACAUUGUUGCCCGGGCGUCCUGUUUGCUUCCUAGACUGCUCCAUGGUGCCAGCACUGGAGUCUGUGGAGCAGGGAGGCGUAAGCAACCACACCGAGGCUGCUCUCAUACACAAGUUGCUUUCACUGCUGAUAAAGGCAGGAUGUAAGCCCAGUGAUAUCGGUGUCAUCGCCCCCUACAGACAGCAGUUAAAGAGCAUCUCUGCUCUGCUUCAGUCCUCUGCUUUCACCGGCGUGGAGGUGAACACAGUGGACCGAUACCAAGGACGGGACAAAAGUCUGAUCAUUUUUUCUUUUGUCAGAAGCUCUGCGGAGGAUGGAAACUUAGGAGAGCUGUUGAAGGACUGGCGUCGCCUGAAUGUAGCCAUCACCAGGGCUAAACACAAGCUGCUGAUGCUGGGCUCUACCACAACACUACGACGCUACGCACCUGUGGAGAAACUACUGAACCAUCUCCAGCAAGAGCAAAUGAUUAUCCAGCUCCCGCCAGCUGCCCACAUGGCUUUACCAAGCAUGUCCCUGUGAUGGAAGUCUGUGACGCCAUGCUGGUGUUUCAGGUCAGCGGUCUGUCACAGUGGAGCAGCCACUAGCUGUGGAUCAACUCAACAGGGCAGAGAUUUAAUCUGCAAACACACUGAAUGAUCUGGACGCUGCGAUGCUCAUCAAUAAAUGGUCAGUUUAGGCUCUAAGAAUUCAUACUGACCCAUGUGAUGGAGAAGCUUUUAUUAGCUAGAGACCUUCAGGCCUCAGCUGCGAUUCUUAAUGUUGAUCAAUUUUAAAAUUCAACACUGAAAGAACUACAGUUUUAAAAGUGUCAAUAAUUAAUGCUGUGAAACAAGGUGCUGAGAUACUGAACAGCUACAUAUUGAACUGAAACUGAUGUCUUAUGGUACUGCGCACCAACCCUCGACCAGGACCGGUCCCUAUGAUACACUCAUAGUUUUUAUCAAAUACCUCUGGCGAUACUGACAAUAUUUAAGACUUGACUAUCGGUACUUUCUCGAAACAUCUACAUACACGACAGUUAGUCAUUUGUAAUGUGAAUAUGGGGACCAAACCUUUUUAUAGUUCAUACAACAGUCGGAUAAGGUUAGAAAUGUCAACUGUGAAACGCAGGAUUACAAACUGAAAAGUGAAGCUACAUCACAAUACUGAAAUAACAGAAUUAUCAAUAUUUUUCCAGCUCACAUCUCAAGUACAUGUUGUAUAAAGGAAGUGAAGGACAUUGUAGUGUCAUUUCUUAUUUAGUUGCUCAACUGUAAGUUAUUUGAUGAGAAAUAUUACAUCAACAGUACUUUAUUUUGUGAAUGGACUUCACUGGCCUGCAAUUUCUGUAAAGAAAUGGAAACUACUAACUGGUAUAAAUAACUAUUUUAAACUGUCAGUAACAGAAAAAGCUAAAGCAAAACCAAGUUUGUGAGUUCAUUCAUUUGCGGCCACCAGAGCGACUGAUUCUACCUUUGAUCUGUUUUACAUCUUACUUUUAAUAUUGUGAAUUCAGCUUCUACGUUAUGUGAAUAAAGAUUACAAAUACU